AUGGAGUCCAAGGCCCGUGAAGGCAUCAAUUGGCUGGGAUUUCAAUUGCACCAACUCAAGGAACAGGAGCAUGCUGGACCAGUCUUCACGGCAGUGGUGGUGCUGCUGCUUACCUACAUGGUCUACACCAUUAUGUAUGCUACCGACAUUCCUCACAUCAAGGGCAUGCCAGAAAUCCCUGGCGCUGUUCCCGUGUUUGGACAUCUUCUCAAGCUAGGCGAGGAUCAUGCUACAGUUUGUGAAAAAUGGUGGCGCCAGUACAACCACUCUGUCUUCCAGAUCAAGCUAGGCAACACCAGGGCCGUCGUUGUCAACUCGUUCGAUGACUGCAAGAAGAUGCUCCUCGGCAACCAGAAUGCAGUCAUUGACCGACCCAAGCUCUACACCUUCCACGGCGUAAUCAGCAGCACCCAGGGCUUUACCAUUGGAUCUUCGCCCUGGGAUGAGUCCUGCAAGAAGAAGCGCAAAGCUGCCGGUACCGCUCUGGGUCGCCCUGCUUUGAGGAACUACUACCCCAUGUUUGACCUAGAGAGCUACUGCAUCCUACGAGAUAUGAAAAAGGACAGUUGCGACGGUCAGAUCGAGAUUGACAUUCGGCCGUAUAUCCAGCGAUACGCGCUUAAUACAACUCUAACCCUCUGUUACGGCAUUCGUAUGGACGCUGUCUACGAUGACCUGCUCCGCGAGAUUCUCCACGUAGGAUCGUCUAUUUCCCUACUACGCAGCGCCUCCGAGAACCUACAAGAUUAUAUUCCGGCCCUUCGAUAUGUUCCUAAUAACAAGAAGACCGCCCGUUCAAAGGACCUUCGCGAGCGACGCGACGCUUAUCUAGACCUUCUCUUGAACAAGGUACGUGAGAUGAUUAAGAACGGUACCGAUAAGCCUUGCAUCUCUGCUGCUAUUCUCAAGGACCAGGAGACCAAGCUCUCUGGUGUGGAAGUCUCUUCAAUCUGCUUGUCUUUGGUUUCUGGUGGUUUUGAGACUAUUCCUGGAACUUUGACCUCGUGUAUUGGAUCCCUGUCUACCGAGGAAGGACAGGUAUGGCAGGAUCGGGCCUACGAAGAUAUCAAGCGACACUACCCCAACACCCAAGAUGCCUGGAGUGGAUGUUUUAAAGAGGAGAUAAUUCCCUACAUUAAUGCUAUUGUAAAGGAGGCUGGCCGAUACUACACCGUGAGCUCUAUGAGUCUUCCUCGAAAGACCGUCUCCGAAGUCAACUGGAAUGGUGCCAUCAUCCCCCCUAAGACUAUGAUCUUGAUCAAUGCCCAAGCGGGCAACCAUGAUAUCGAUCAUUUCGGACCGGAUGCUGGCAGCUUUAGCCCCGAGCGGUGGCUCAAGUCUCUCAACCCUCCAACUGAGGCCGAAAUCAGCGGGCUGGGUCACUUGAGUUUCGGCACUGGUUCUCGUGCUUGUUCAGGCCAGUACAUUGCUUCUCGCCUCUUGUACUCCGCACUAGUAAGGAUUCUAUCGUCCUAUAGGAUCGUAGCUAGCAAGGAAAACCCUCCCAAUACCGACUAUGUCGAGUAUAACCAGUUCAAGACGGCGCUGGUUGCUAUUCCCAGGGAGUUUAAGGUCAAACUGAUUCCUCGUGAUACGAACAUGACGGCCCAGUGCUUGGAUCUUGCCGAGCAGAGGACCAGAGAGCAUUACAAGGAGUAA